AUGCUUCGACUUUUCGUUGCGUCAUUGACGCUAUCGGUAGCCAUCGGGCUGCCCGUCCACGACUAUGUGGUGCACGAAGAGAGGCCAGCUACGGCGAGGCAGGUCUUGAAGCGUCGAGCUGGUCUUAAUCCUGAUGCUGUACUACCGAUCAAGAUUGGUCUUGUGCAAAGCGGACUGGAUCAGGCUUAUGAUUGGGUCAUGGAUGUUUCGCACCCUGAGUCAUCAGCCUAUGCCAGCUAUCUUACUGUCGCCGAGGUCAAUGAUCUGUUUAAGCCGGAGCCAGAGUCCAUCGAUGCUGUGCGCGAGUGGCUUUCGCAGGUAGCAGACAUCGAUCAGAAGGACAUUCUUUGGUCGAAGAAUGGCUGGCUCGCUGCUAAUAUCCCGGUCCACGCCGCAGAGAAAGCUUUCCGGACCAGCUACUUCGAACACGCGGAUCGAGAAGGCCGUAUCCGUGUUGGUUGCGAUAGCUACUCUUUGCCAUCUCACAUACAGAGCCACGUCGAUUACAUCACACCGGGCGUGAAGUCCUCUCCACCUCUUCGCAAACGAUCUGUCAGCCGCAACAAGCCGGUAUGGGGACCUUCAUGGGGUCCUGGAGGCCCAGGACGACGACCACCGCAGUGGGCGCCACCGAACCAUGGGCCUUGGCAGAUGCCACCAGGUGCUCACGGCUUACCACCAGAUCUUCAGGACUGUGGUCGCAACAUCACUCCGACCUGCAUUAGAGCACUCUACGACAUUCCAAAAGCGCAUUUGAAGGAUUCUGUCAAUGCUCUGGGUCUCUUUGAAGAUGGCGAUUUCUAUGCACAGUCGGAUCUGAAUGCAUUUUUCACGCAAUACGCACCGAAUGUACCAAAUGGCACGCAUCCUAUCCCAGCCUUUAUCGACGGCGCAAAAGCUCCAGUGGCCGCUUCAGACCCGACCAAUACUGGCGAGUCUGACAUUGACAUGGACAUGUCGUACUCCCUCAUCUACCCACAGGAUGUGGUACUGUACCAAGUAGAUGACAGCUUCUACUCAGCGGACUACAAUCUCACUGGCUUCUUCAACACAUUCCUGGACGCCCUCGACGGAUCCUACUGCACCUACAACUAUGAUGGCCUGGCUGGUGACACCCCAGGCGUCGAUCCCACAUAUCCCGAUCCGAACCCGGGGGGCUACAAAGGCCAGCUACAAUGUGGCGUGUAUGCUCCCACUCGUGUCAUCAGUGUCAGCUACGGCGAGGCAGAAGCUGACGUGAGCGCCCGUUACCAAUACCGGCAGUGCAAUGAGAUCAUGAAGCUUGUACUACAGGGCCACACCAUACUUCUAGCGUCUGGAGACUACGGUGUAGCUUCUUUCCCUGGCGACGACAAUCCUAAUGGCUGCCUCAGCGGAGAUGGCCAAAACGCCACAAUCUAUAAUCCCGACUUCGUCAGCUCAUGUCCAUACAUCCUUUCUGUGGGAGCGACGCAGUUAUACUCCAAUCAGACUGUCAAUGACCCCGAGAGCGUGAUGCAAGACAACCUAGGACCUGGCGCGGAACUGUUCGCUUCCCACGGUGGCUUCAGUAAUCGCUACAAGGCGCCCGCAUACCAGAAAUCUGCCCUCGACACCUACUUCUCGAAGCACGACCCUGGACUACCAUACUAUAUCGCUGGACCGAAUGGCACGAACAUUGGAGCGAACGGCGGCGUCUACAACCGCGCAGGGCGUGGCAUACCAGAUGUCAGCGCGAAUGGAGCCAACUUCCGUGCGUACACCAAUGGGACUGAUUACCACUGGUACGGUACUAGUCUUGCCGCACCAUUGUGGGCGUCUGUCCUCACCUUAAUCAACGAGGAGCGUACCGCCGUUGGCAAGGGGCCAGUGGGCUUCGUCAAUCCGGUGCUAUACGAGAAUCCGUGGACGCUGAAAGACAUCACGAAUGGAUCUAACCCUAACUGUGGCUCCUCAGGCUUCGCCGCCGUGUCAGGCUGGGAUCCUGCGACAGGACUAGGGACGCCAAACUAUCCUAAGCUCUUGCAGCUGUUCAUGAGCCUGCCGUAG